UGGUAUUCAAAACACAGCCUGCCCUCAAUCCUGUCUGAUUUUUUAUGCUUCCUGUCUUGUUUUUGCGCUUAUUUUCUGCAGCUGUUCGGUUCCAUUGCGCCAUUUUACGCCUUGUUUUUUUCAAACCGACCUUAUUUUGAAUGCUAAAAUGUGGCUUCCCAACGUAAACGACUUCCGGAUUUGUCUCUCCAACAUCGUCUUUGUUCGGCUUGUUUAUUCUUUUGGUAGCGAUUGAGUCUUUUUUUAAAAAAUAAAAAUAAAAACGUAUAAAUGCACCUUCCAUCGAGGAGAUAUACAACUUUUGAGCAAGAAGAGGUGCGCAGGCCCUGGUUGCCUUGUCCUGGCCCAGGAGGUGCUGGCCAUGAAGGGUCCGAGCGCUGCAGAGAACCGCCGCCUUCUCGGCCUCCUGGAGGCGGCCCUGGUCCGGGAGGCCCGCCUCUGGAAGGUCCCCGUCUUCAAGGACGGAUGCAUUCAGGGUGCUGACAUCUCGUCAUCCCAACACCAAGACAUGAUAGUCUGGCUGGGGGACAUGAACAGACGCUUCCAGUUCUGUCCAGAGACCUUCGCGUUGGGAGUGUGUGUCCUCAACAGGCUGCUGGCCACCGUCAAGGCUCAACCAAAAUAUCUCAAAUGUAUCGCUUUUACCUCACUGGUCCUGGCAGGCAAAAUCAACGAGGAAGACGAGGUGGUGGGUUCGGUUAGCGACCUGGUUGCUGAGAGCGGAUGCAACUUUUCAACGGCGGAGAUAGUUCGCAUGGAGCGGAUCAUUCUGGACAAGCUGCACUGGGACUUGUACACCGCCACGCCCAUUGACUUCGUUCACAUUGUAAGUACAGCAGCGUUCUUUUUUUGUUUGUUUUUAAAGACAAAAACAGUUUGA